CUAUUCUCGCUAUCUAUCUACUUCCCUAUAGAGCUUUCAUAAACCAAUACCAUUAGGCCAAAGCAUAUUAAAAAAAAAACAAAGUAGUCCAUAGAAUAGGGAAAUGAGAAUGUAUAGAUAGUGAUGAUGAUAUUAAUAUCUCACCUUCCAAAAACCAACCUUUGCUUGAAUCCAACUCUACUCAAAAACCCAUUCUUCCUCUCUGUAAUCUACUAACCUACCAAACUAUCAUAAAAGGGAUUUUACAUUAGUUGUUGUAAAUUUUCUUUAAAAAGUUGCCACCUAACUUUUCUUGCUUCUUCUUCUACCAUUAAAACUCACCAAAAAUAUCCUUUUUUUUUUUUUUUUUUGGGUUUCUUGAAAAUUACUGAAAUUAUUAGGUAGGAACUUUUCUUGUUUCUGUCAUUAAAAAAAGAUUUUUUCUUUUGUGGGUUUCUUGAAAAUAACUGAAUUAACCAAAAAAAUCCAAUCUUUACAUAAUAUAUAUAUAUAUAUAUUUUUUUUUUUAAAAUUUUUUUUGUGGGUUUCUUGAAAAUGACUGAAAUAAUACAACCCCCACAUGAGUUACCUUCAUCUUCAAGUUCCAUCAGUAUAUUGGCUAGAGAUAAUGAUGUUUCUUACCAAGAGAGUCUAAUUAGUGGACCCAAUUUGUAUUAUGUAGAAAAUACUGAGGUACAAGUAGAAGGUGUUAGUAUUUCUGGUACUAAAAGAGAGAGAAAAAGGAGAGAAAGAGAAAGAGAAACAGAUCAACUGUCUUUGUUAACACUUUUUGUAACUGGUUUUAGGAAAUCUUUGGUUGCUUGUAGUAAGAGUAAUUUUGCUAUUGAAGAAUUGCUUGCUUCUUCUUGUUCUUCUUCUUCUAUUUCUAGGUCUGCUAGUGCUAAUUCAUCAAUGGAGAUUAGUUGGCCUAGUAAUGUUAGACAUGUUGCUCAUGUCACUUUUGAUAGAUUUAAUGGUUUUCUUGGACUUCCUGUUGAGUUUGAACCUGAAGUUCCCAGAAGAGCCCCUAGUGCCAGUACAAGAGUCUUUGGAGUUUCGACAGACUGCAUGCAGCUUUCAUUUGACUCCAGAGGAAAUAGCGUCCCUACAAUCCUUCUGAUGAUGCAAGGGCGCUUAUAUACUCAAGGUGGCUUACAGGCUGAAGGGAUCUUCAGGAUCAAUGCUGAAAAUGGUCAAGAAGAAUUUGUCAGGGAGCAGCUAAAUAGGGGAAUUAUUCCAGAUAACAUUGAUGUCCAUUGCUUAGCAGGUCUUAUAAAGGCUUGGUUCAGAGAGUUGCCAAGAGGAGUUUUGGACCCUCUCUCACCAGAGGAAAUUAUGCAUGCUCAAUCAGAAGAAGAGUGUGUGCGCCUCGUGAGACUUCUUCCACCAACUGAAGCUGCUCUAUUAGAUUGGGCUAUUAACUUGAUGGCUGAUGUUGCUCAAUUGGAAAGUUUUAACAAAAUGAACGCACGUAAUAUCGCUAUGGUGUUUGCUCCAAAUAUGACACUGAUGGCUGAUCCGUUGACUGCUUUGAUGUAUGCGGUUCAAGUUAUGAACUUUCUAAAGACUCUAAUUAUCCGGACCUUGAAAGACCGAGAAGAAUCUGUUGUAGAAGCCAGUCCCGCACCAGAACUCGAGCCAUUCGACGAAAAUGGACAUCAAAACGCUUCACAACCAAUAGUUCAGACAUCUAAUGAGAUCGAGGAGGAGGAUAUCUUUAUAUCGAAAGGACGACCCUCAAGUGGGCCUGCUAACUACCUCGGAGAAAUUAAAGUUGAAAAUGAAUUACAUGGACAUUCGCUCGGUGAUUGUCUCAGUGAAAUCUCAAACACAAGUGGAAGAAGUCAACCAAAAAUGCGAAGGACUAAAAGUGUGCAUUCGAGUAGUUCUAGUACUCUCACAGGAUCGAAGAAAAUGAUUGAAUGGCCGACUGGGAAUUUAGAGAAGGGCAAAGAGGUUAGAAUCAUCGAUAGGUUGAAUGUGACAACAGAAAGGGUGGAAGCCUGGCGAUGAAUAUAUAUAUGUCUCGCCACAACGGGCCAUUGCUGCCUCAUAAAGAAGUAAAAUGGUUGUGAUUUAUGUUUUAAAAGACACUGUAUCAUCCCUGUUGUGUUGUAAUUUGGGGUCAUAUUUUUUCAGUCUUGUGCUUUGCAUAUUGGUUACUUAGUAGUUGAAACAGGAAUUCUGUCACCUUUCCCUCCUGGGCAUGUUUGGGUGGGGAAACUUAAGCAGGAUGAAUGUAAUUUAUGUGCUCUUUUUGUAGAAUGAAUAUUGUUGUGGUUUCCAAUUUCAAUAUGAUUUUCUUCCUUUGACAUUAAUAA